AUGGAGGGUGAUCCUGGGCUGACUCUUGAUAAGGUCGCAAGGGUCUGUCACCUUAGCCAAGCUAAGGCAGUUCCCUUCUCCACAUUAGUCACACUCGGAACCUUUUCAGGUUUAGGCUUGGCCCCGAGCUGGUUGUCAUCUCAACUGCCGUUCCUACUGUUGUUCCAAUUUGCCUCUCCUCCUAUCAAUGACGAAGAUUUUCCUUCUGCAAUUUUCAAAGAAGGCACUGCUACUUCCACGAGAAGGAAAAGGAAGAGAUUCUAG